CAGAUUUGUCUCCUCAGUCGAGAAUGGCUCGCAAGAAGGUGGCCCUCCGAUACAUCCGCAAUGAGUCGGUGCGGCACAAUACCUUGAAGAAGCGCAGCAAGAACCUGAUGAAGAAGGCCGGCGAGGUGGCCACCUUGUGCAACGCCAAGGCCUGCGUGCUAGUGUAUGGCGAGGGCGCAACGGCGCCGGAGGUGUUCCCAUCCCAUGAUGAGGCGGUGGCUAUGCUGAAUAGGUUCAAGAGCAUGCCGGAAGUGACGAGUCUAAAGAAGACGAUGGACCAGGAGAGCGUCCUCAGCCAGCGCGUCGCAAAGCUCCGAGACCAGGUCCAGAAGACUAGGAGCGAGAUCCAGGACCGUGAGGCCAAGCUUCUCCUGCACCAGGCCAUGAUCAGCGGCCGCCUCCCGGACAACAUCGAGGAGAUCACAACCAUGGGCUGGAAGUUGGAGUUAAUGCUCAAGAGCCUGGCCGAACGCAUCACGAAAAUGAGUGGGCAACCACCUGUCUACCAGACACAGGGACCAUAUGUCACUGACAACAUGGACAUAAGGCUUCCAACCAUGUAUCAGCCACAAGAGGGGUGGGUUGAGACGGCGAGGACCCGGAUCUACAAUGACAACAAUAAUGGUGGCAACGAUGGCGCCAACAUCGGCUUCUUUCCCGGUCAUAUGAAUAUGUAA